AUGACGAUGAGCAGGAGGAAUGCCCCGAGAAGCAGACGAUAUUGUUCGGCAGCAUCCACCCGAGUGCCCUCCCCCUGUUUCUUGCCCUUUUACCCCCCCGACUCCCCUUCCCACCAGGCAAAGCCCAUGCAGGCAUCCCCUCUCUCUCUCCCAGACCCCCUGGAACCCCCCAGAGCCCCAUGGAACCCCCCAGACCCCCAGUCUCAGGCACAGGCCCCGGCUGACCAGGAGGAGCAGGCCGUUGGUUCCCAGGCCCGGCACGCACUUGUCAUGUAUGUGUGUUUUCCCCUUCCCCCUUCUCUGUUCACAGCCCAAAUCGAAGUUAUACCAUGCAAAAUUUGCGGAGACAAGUCAUCAGGAAUCCACUAUGGAGUCAUCACAUGUGAGGGCUGCAAAGGAUUCUUCAGACGUAGUCAACAGAACAACGCAGCAUACUCCUGCCCUCGCCAGAGGAACUGUCUGAUCGACAGGACCAAUCGAAACCGCUGCCAACACUGCCGCUUACAGAAGUGUCUCGCGCUCGGAAUGUCCAGAGAUGCGGUGAAGUUUGGCCGCAUGUCAAAGAAGCAGCGAGACAGCCUGUACGCCGAGGUGCAGAAGCACCAGCAGCGGAUCCUGAAUGAGCGGCAGCAGCAGACUGGUGAGGCUGAGGCCCUGGCGCGCGUCUACUCCUCCAGCCUGACCAACGGCCUCAACACCCUCAACCACGAGAUCGGAGGCACCUACGCCAACGGCCACGUUAUCGAGCUUCCCAAGGGCCAGGUGAACGGUGGUGCCCCCGGCGGCUACUACCACGGUAUGGACUCCACCCAGCCCUCCCCGGAUCAGUCAGGCCUGGACAUGGCGGGCAUGAAGCACAUAAAACAGGAGCCUGUCUACGACCUGACCCCUGUGACCAACCUGUUCAACUACAGCUCCUACCAGGACAGUCAGCUGGCGCCAAGCAAUGUCAGCAUGGGAGAGCUAGAUCGUAUCGCCCAGAACAUUAUAAAGUCUCACCUGGAGACCUGUCAAUACACAGCAGAUGAGCUCCAGCAGCUGGCCUGGCAAACACACUCCUACGAUGACAUCAAGAUGUACCAGAGCAAAACACGAGACAUGCUGUGGCAGCAGUGUGCCAUCCAGAUCACACAUGCCAUCCAGUAUGUGGUGGAGUUUGCCAAGCGCAUUUCAGGCUUCAUGGAGCUGUGCCAGAAUGACCAGAUCCUUCUGCUCAAGUCAGGUUGUCUGGAGGUGGUCCUGGUUAGAAUGUGUCGGGCGUUUAACCCACUCAACAACACAGUGCUGUUUGAGGGGAAGUACGGGGGCAUGCAGAUGUUCAAAGCUCUAGGCUGUGACGAUCUGGUCAGCGCGGUGUUUGACUUUGCCAAGAGUCUGUGCUCUCUGCAGCUCACUGAGGAGGAAAUCGCUCUGUUCUCCGCAGCAGUGCUCAUCUCCACAGACCGGCCGUGGCUGAUGGAGCCCAGGAAGGUGCAGAAGCUCCAGGAGAAGAUCUACUUUGCGCUGCAGCACAUCAUGCAGAAGAACCACAUGGAUGAGGACACGCUGGCUAAGCUGAUUGGUCGGAUCCCCACGCUGUCGGCCCUGUGUACUCUCCACACCGAGGAGCUACAGGCCUUCCAGCAGCUUCAUCCCGAGACGGUCAAUGUGCUCUUUCCCCCACUCUACAAGGAGCUCUUCAACCCCGACCCCAAUGCAGCCAUCACCAUACCCAAGUGACUGCCUACGGUCCAAUCUCAGAGAGUGGACCACAACGUGACCGCGGACGCAUCAUUACCGCAACCGCAAAGCCCGGACCCCAGGCCCGGACCCUCCAGACACUUACAGCCGCAAACACUAGGAAUGUCCAGCACUUAUCCAACCCUAUUCACCGAUACAGUCUAAAGAAUGUAUAUAAUGCACCCAUGACCAAGGGGCUCUUCAGAACUGAUCAGAAAUGUACAGACUUUAACUAGCACAUUUAAGCUGUCUUUUAACUGGGUAAGUCAAUUUGUUAAUCUUUGAUACUUUUUUU